AUGGCGGCACGCUCGCGGAGCCCCCACUGCUCCCCGUUCACCCCCUCAUCUCCAGUGCCCGCAGGCGGCUUGCUGCCAGCCACGAGUACGCUGCCCGGCCCUUUGCGGGCGCGCACCGUGGUGCUGCUGGGGCGACUGGCCCGUCGGCAUGGACCCUGCGCUGCAGCUGGCCCCAUCUGUCCCCGGCGCGGUGAUCCUGGAGCCACGCAGCCCCUACCUGCCCGGGCUGCCUCGGGAACGUGCUUGCAGGCGCGCCGGCGGUGGGUCGUGGCGGGGCCGGCCAGUUCGAGGACGCGCGAGCACAGGGCGACAUUCCUCAUCCUCUGCACGGGUACCGGUACCAAUUCCCUUCCCUUGGCGGGCCGAUCCGCCUGGGCCUGCGGGCUGCGCGACCCACCGGUGACGCCGCUGUACGGCACCUGCCUGCCUUGCCGCGCCGCCUCCCGGCCUCUUCUUCAUUGGCUUAUGCCAGCAAGAUCUGCCCUUUUCCCACUCAUCCACUGCAAGCUGCUGUUCUGCCUGGCGGUGCUGGCGGAGCGCUGCCGCCUGGACCCCCCCGCCGCUGAGCCUGAGGCAGGCCGCCGGGGGGAGAGUUACGGGACAGCAACCUCGGCGGCCCCCCGAGCGACUCUCCACGCCCUCGCGGCGCGAGUCGGCAUGGCGGUUACUGCCAGGGCUGGCCCGGUGGGUGGCUUCGAGCCCUGCCCCCCGUGCUCUCAGGAGAUCUACGAGGCACGCCCGGGCGAGCCGCAGCAGGAUUCGGUCUCCCGGUACCGGCCUCAACUACAGGGUGUUGAGUGUGAUGGAGUGGGAGCUGGUGGGGGCGGAGGGGGCAAUGGAGACAUGCCCUAG